AUGGAGGAACAAUCCCUUGACAGGACCACCCUCGCCACCAUCUCGCUGCUAGAGGCCCGUCUCCUGCGCAUUGAGCAAAUCCUUCACGGCUCAACGUCGGUAUCAACCUCAAGGCCGGUCGGCGACUCCGCGACCGAAUCCCUCACCGACCUCGAACGUCGCUUCGCAACCCUUAUCUCCCGCUUCCGCGUCUAUGCCGACAUCCUCAAGCUCUACCGCACUCACCCGACCUUCUUCCAGUCCCCAACAGCCGACGAUCCACCCCCUUCCCAGCUCGACACUGCGGCACUUCGCGCCACGGUGCUCUCCUUCGCCUCCUCGUUCCCCAGCAGCGUCUCCGCUCUCACGGCCGUGACAUCCGACACGCCUGUGCCAGACCCAAAGCUCAGCGCCGACCUCGUCUCCCUCCUGCCACGCAUGAAAGGCGUCGAGGCAACACAGCUGGCCCAGGAGGCCGAGAUUGGGGAGCUGCGGGACCGCAGCGAGAGAGUGGUCAGGAAGUGGUACGAGGAGAAGGUCGUAGGGUAUGGCAGGUUCAUCGCUGACGUGGAGGGACGUGUGGAAGGUGUGGAGCGGAAGGUAAGGAGAGCGGAGGCACUGAGGGAAAAGGAGAGCGAGGCUGUAUGA